UAGUGGUCUACACCGAGGAGAUCUGGGCUGCAUCUUCAGAAGACGCAUUUUUCGUUACUCCUCUAACCUUAAGGGGGCUUUUUAGCUUUUGGUUAGCUCUCCGUUUCUGGAAAACAUCUGAAUCAUUUUAUAACCAAAGCCAGCUGCUGCACAAGUCAAUGCAUGCGUGUGAGUGAGUGUGUGUGUGUGUGUAUUCGUUUGUAUGAGGAAGAGGGAGAGAGUGUGAGAGUAUCUCUUCGCUUUGCUCUCCAAAAAGGAAGGAAAGAAAGGGGGGAAAAACGCUUGGACGUCUUUUUCUUUCUCUUCCCGAACCUUUUUUUUUUUUUUUUAGGAAUGAACGCCGAGACGUGCGUUUCAUACUGCGAAAUGACAUCCAUGGAUUCAUAUUAUAGCCCAUCUGCACCGCAAGGUAGGGAUCACCAGGCGAACCCUUUCAGGACAUUCCAGGCGAGUGACACCAAAUACAGCCCCGCUUUCCUGACCAACAAAGGUCAGGCGUUCGGGGAGAAAUCUGGGAGCCCGUUCCAGCAAGAGUGCCAGUCAUUGGAUGCCACUGCUGGGGAAGGCACCUUUAACAAAUACCACCUCUUCAUGCAGAGGUCCUCCUGCAAAACUCCCCCAGACAGCAGCAAACUCCAGCAGGACAGCGGACACAACGGAGGGCUCGUCGCGUGUUAUGGUAAAGACAGCACAGGGCUGACAGAUUCUGAGUUACCCCAAAACAGUGAUCCUGCAGGGAUGGAUGGCAGCUACCUCAGCGUAAAGGAGUCAGGAGUGAAAAGCCCUCAGCAGCCAAACUCAGAGCUGGCUUCUCCGUUAGACAAGGCUGAGGGAGAGAGCAACAAGGGCAAGAAAAGACGCAACCGUACCACCUUCACAAGCUAUCAAUUAGAGGAGCUGGAGAAAGUCUUUCAGAAAACACACUAUCCCGACGUCUACGCCCGGGAACAACUCGCACUGAGGACUGACCUGACAGAAGCUCGAGUACAGGUGUGGUUCCAAAACCGCAGAGCCAAGUGGCGGAAGAGGGAACGUUUCGGACAGAUGCAGCAGGUCCGGACACAUUUUUCCACGGCCUAUGAAUUGCCCCUUCUCACUAGGCCUGAGAACUACGCUCAGAUUCAGAACCCUUCUUGGAUAGGCAGCAGCAGUGCGGCAUCUCCGGUCCCCGGCUGUGUUGUACCCUGUGACUCGGUCACUUCCUGCAUGCCGCCUCAUCCACAUGCUGCUGGCGGAGUGUCUGACUUCUUGGGUGUGCCCAGUCCUGGAGGUCACAUGGGACAGACACACAUGGGCAGCUUGUUUGGGAAUCCAGGCAUGAGCACUGGCAUUAAUGGGUACGAUCUAAACAUGGACCCCGACCGGAAAUCCUCCAGCAUCGCGACCCUGCGAAUGAAAGCUAAAGAACACAGCGCAGCCAUCUCUUGGGCUACAUGACUCCCCCAAGAUCAGGACAUUAUCCCUCAACAAAUAAGAGAAGGAGCAAAUGUGAUCAUCGGUUAGCCACAAAAGCAUGACCUGGAAACAAGGAGAGCAUGGAUUGACAAAGAAAAGAAAAGUACUAGAAAUGCCAGGAGAUUUAUUUGCAUGUGAAGUCUAGAGAGACAACAGAAAAUCAGAGAUCAUAAAACUGAGAAUGUUCUGGCUUUGAAACAAGAAAGAAAUACAAGAAAGACUACAAACUUGACAUCUGAAUGCAUACAAGAAUUAAAUGAAAAAGAAAAAAUGAAUUGAAAAAAAAAAAACUGCACUUAUCCGCCACCAGUGUCCCAUUUGUAAACACACAUAAAUUGACCUAACGCAUCUGGCUUCGUUUUCAUCUCGGCAUAAUCAAAACCUGUUAAAUUCUUGUUCUGUCACAGACUCCUUUUCCAAAUAUGCCAUCUCUGCAAGUUUCUCUCACAGUAAAAACUUUCCUAUUGUAGGCUUCAUCCAAACAUAUAUGCAGCAGUAAUCGGGGGAAGCUGAACUUGCUUUUUAUAAUUUUAACUCCCCAUUGACAAAAUCCCUUAUUGAUCACACCUACAUUGAUUAGUUUGUCCAUAUUAAUUCUGUUGGUCUUGUAGAAAUCUACCAACAAUUUGAGAUAAGUACUCCUCUUCAAACACUUGAGCAAAAGUCUAUUAGGAGUUGCAUGUCAGGCAUGGUAGACUUAAGAGGACCAGAAAAGAAAGACAUAACUGUCCCACAGGUAACUAGGCACUCAAAGGAGGCUUCCACUUGCCUAGAUGAAUUGUGAUCCCCCCAGUACCAGUAGUCUCAGGGAAAAAACUAUGUCUAAUUACAGAUGGUAGACACUAUCCUCACUGCAAUCUAUCUUUCUUUUCUUUGCAACAACAUUUCAAUCUUUUUUUCUUGAAGAAAAAGUUGUUCUAAAGCUGUUUGGCAAGAUUUGACAGGCGCAUACUAGAUACAAAUCUUGGAUCUGUCAUACAGACUGUCCAACUGAUUGUCAAACAUGACUAAGAAAUAGAAUCUACAGAGAAUGAAGGAUAUAAAAAUAGUUUGAGAAAGUUUUCUUUCAUUGUGUUUUGAAAAUCAAGACACACUUGCAAACAUUGGUGCUUUACUUAACGUGUAACAUAUUACCUACAUGCAUAAUAUGCACGGUGUUGGGGCUGUCUGAAAUUUGAGCCAUGCUUCAUUAAUUUUUUUGGCAUAAGUCCCGCAUUGCACCAUCUCAUAUGAAACUAUCAACUUGCCAACCUGGGCAUCAUCCAGUAAGGCUCUGAUUGGGUGGAAGCAAUACUGGGCUUUGGCAUGUAAUCACUGACAUUCCCAUGCACAGAGGUGACAGAAAUAUAAAGCGAGCACUAUUGCAAGGUACUACGAGCUUUCUGCUUUUCCAGAGUCAGAUUUAGAUCAGGUACAAAGCUGUUUGAAAUCUGGAGACGAAUCCGAUACGUUCUGCCCUUUGGAGAAGCCAUUUCUAAUUUGUAAAUGAGAACCACAUUUCCUUUGCUUCAUUCUGCUGUGCGGCUUAUCUAGAUCCCUGGAGAUACUUAUAUACACACACAACUUUUUUAUUAUAAUACCAGAGCAGUGACUUACCUGGUUUGAGGGGGUCACAACAUGGACUCAAGUUCUGUUUUAGAACAGAAAACUAGGCUUGCAUUACUUUUAAACAAAAACUCAAAUGUAUAACGCACUGGAUGCAAUAUCAUGUUAAACCUUGUAAAAGAACUUCAUUGCCAAAAGUUAAUUAGAAAUCACCUGCUUACUGCAGCUCAGUCUCGUGCCCCAUGGCCUGGAUACAUGAUAUGUAAAAUGUAGGGGCUUCCUGAAGUUUGAGCCAUGCUUCAUUAAUUUUCUGGCAUAAGUCUUCAUUGCAUCUCAUGACUUAACGUAGCAAGGGACCUUCUAAAAAAGCUAGUGAGAAUGUUAAUGUGCUUAUCAUUAGAACUUAAACUAGUAAGUUGAUCUGUCCUGCACUGAAUCCAUCCACCAGAGCAACAGUUCAACCACCAAUCCUCACCAAUCCUCACCAUGAAGAGUUCUGCCAGUGCACAACUGUGAGUCCCGACACUCUCACUUUGUCCUUUAAGAGGUUGCUGAGAGGGUGAAGUGACUACACUGUUCCGGUGUUCUGGGAAAGGACAAUCCACACAGCUGUGCGCGGGAUAAAUGCAAAACAAACAUGCCUCGCACAUGCUUCCCCUUCAGCUGUCAUGGCUCUUCUUUCAAAGCCCCAUGCUGAACACGGCCUGGCCUGCUACCCCAGCCAAAGCAUCAGCCCUCAGCGACACUGAGUCAACGCACACCCGUGCUCUGAGGCAGACUUUUUAAUUAACACCGAGACAUCUGCAGAGAGGGAUUCUGUGACAGAACAGAGCAGUGUUUGCUUUGUGUUAGCCUAUCUUUAACUAUUGUGGAACCAGGAGGGGCGUCGAUGAAGCCCAGGUCAACACUUUCAUUAGUUUAUGUAGUAUCAGCACACAUAUACACUUCUGUAGAAUUAAACGAGCAAAUCUCUACAUAACAGAACACAAGUUAUCACAUUUGCUUUUGAUACUCUUGUACUUCACUCAAAGGUAAACACGUAAAAUGGUCAUCAAAACGGUUCUGCACAGAACCGAUUGUACAGUACACAAAGGAAAUGUUAAUUGUCAGACGGUACUUUGCAGAUGCCUAUGAGUUACAGAGAUUAUUAAUUCUCUGUCCCAUCUCCCAAAACUUAUACUACUGAAGUAGGCAUAUCCAAGUACUAGAAUAAUAUAAUGCUUUGUUUUAUGUGUGGUCGCAUGUAUGAUUUUCUUUGGAUUCCUUUCUUGCAUAUAAUACCCUUGGAGCCUUUCUUUUGUAAAAAUAUCCUUUUUAGAUAUAUAUUAUUUUAUGUGUGACUGAGGGUUUUUGCUUUUGUUGUAUUGUGGGUCUGGGGAUAAAAUGCGAUACAUUUGGGUUUUUGGUUUGUAAAUGAACUUAAAAUAGUUGUGUUGGCUUAAAGCUAAACGUAUGGCUUUUGAAUCAUUUUUAUUAUUUACUUUCAAGCUUGUUUAUGUUCUAUAUAUAUUGUGUGAUUUACAACCGUAAGUUAUUGCACUUACAUUUUUAAUUGUUUGAAUUGCUUCAAGAACACCUGAUUAGAGUGGAAUAGCACUAUAAAAUGCGGGGCUAAAACAAGUUGUACAAUUUGUUUAAACUUGGAACAAAUCUUGAUAAACUGUUCCUGGGACAUUUGACAAACUGUUCUCAGAGCCUGAUGUAACAGCCAUCUUACAUUAAGGACAUAGCGAAAACAUGAACUUCCUGUUGGCUAUGGACUGUGCUUUAAACUCGGCUUUCCUUUAAUGGGUUCAAAAAAACAUUUAAAAGUUUAACCAUUACAGGUGCUGGGUAUUCUACUAUGGAUGGUAAAUUUCAUUUGACAUUUUCUGUGUGCUCAUUUUUGUUUGUUUCUCUCAAUCCAGAUGAAUAAAAUAAUAAAAAACGGACUAA